UGCGCGUCUGGUGUCGCCGAGGGGGCCUUGGGUCCGAAAGCGCCGAGCUUCCCUGUCUUUGCACCGUGUCGUAGUUGGCGAGCCAUGCUGAGCCGUCUCCUGCAGUUGCGCCGGCCGGGCUGCCUGCCCCUUCUGCCUCUCAGAGUGUCGGGGAGCUUUUGGGGAGGACCCCAAACGGUAGCCUCGAACCAUGCCUACAGCACCGACAGCGGGAACCUUGACAAGUCCAUUGGGCGAUACCCAAUACCGAAUAAGAAAGAUUUGCCCUAUGAUAUAGUGGAACUCAUGGAGGAAAUGGAAGUAAAGACAGGUUUUUUGCCCAAUGUAUUUAAGGCGAUGGCUCAUCGACCAGCAGAAUUUAGAGCAUUCUUUGCUUACUACAACGCCAUUAUGAACAAGGAGACGGGAAACCUAACCAAGGCGGACAAAGAGCUCAUUGUUGUGGCCACAAGUAUGGUUAACAGGUGUCCCUACUGUGUGAUUGCGCAUAGCGCUUUGCAUCGGAUAUACUCUAAGAAACCGAUGGUGGCAGAUCAGGUCACAGUGAACUGGAAACUGGCUGACCUAACUGCCCGGGAGAUGGCUAUCCUGGAGUUCGCGCUUGCUGUUUGCCGUGCGGAGAACAUCACCGAAGAGCACUUUCAGAAGCUAGAGGCGCAUGGGUUUGACCGGGAAGAUUGUUGGGACAUUGGUGCCAUUUCAGCCUUUUUUGCCAUGUCCAACCGCAUAGCUCACCUCAUGGAUCUGCACCCCAACCAGGAAUUCUACACCAUGGGAAGGAUACCAAGAGAAAAAGGGGAGACGGUGUCUUCUUAAUGAAAUUCGCUGGCUCCCCCCCAGCCUUUGCAUGGAAAAACCUUUUUCUGACUCUUGCCUGCAGGGCGUGAGGUCAGAGUGGCAGACAGAAUGGAAAUUGGACUUCCUGUUGCGCAAAGCCUCGAGGGCAUCUUCCAGUCAGACCUUCUUGAAAUGAGGUCCUUCAAAGAUGUGGCAAGAUCAGGUGUUUUCCGCUCAGCUUCUCUGGAUCGUGAUGCAAGAGCUGAGUGAUAUAUUACUGUUUGGAAAGAAGUUGCAGGAUUCUCGCUUUCGUCUUAUCUAUAAUUUCGUUUAGCAGGGCUGGCUUAGGGUUUUGCAUAUGCAAUGGCCACGAGUUGUGGGAAUUGGUCACACUGCCCUUGUGUGAGAGAGAUCCGAGCAGAGGGGUUUUCCCCCUCCGUUCUCUCAGCCAGUCUUGUUCCUUUACGUAACAGAACUGUUGUUCUGAUAGAGGGGUUGAGACAUCGGGAAACUUUAGAUCGUCGAAGGCGUCUUCACAACAUUUUUGACAUUGAGACUAAUAAUUGUCAAGAAAAGUCUGUGCUUAUAGUGUAGGGAUGGUGACAUCCGCAUCUCUUUUUCAUCUGGGAAGCAGAUAACAUACACAGCAGUUUCUGAGCCACGUAUCUGUCAAAGAUUGUAUCCACCAUGGAAAAACAGAAGUGGCUUCUGGAUCUGAACCAGAGCCCUCAGAGAGUCUUUCCAGUUACUUCUUUUUCCAGAAGAAUAUUUCUGCCUUUUUUGCUUCAAUAGUAGUGGGCCCAGCCCCUGCACUGCAGAGCCGGAAGAGUCCCCUCUUCCCUUGAUAGAGCCCAUGAUAGCCAGUUGGGGUGGGGAACGUUGUGUCUCUUGAUUUUUACUGUAUGGCAUAUGCACUUGAUAAAAGCAGACACACUGAGUUGGGGUGGAGGGGAAUGCAGGCAAAUAAGUAGACUGGCAAGCAAUUAAAACCAGUGCUGAAGGUCUAGGGAGAAACUAAAGACUGGCCAGGGGUCAAUGUCACUUGCCAUCUUCUGUGAGCAGUCCUCUUGCUUUUGUGGCCGCCUUGCCUACCAAAACGUUUUGUUCAGUAAUCUGAUUCCUAACAAUUGCAACGGUUCCUUCAUUGUAGCAAUUUAUGGAGACCCAAAGCAGCUUACAACACUGUUCUCCCUGCUUCCAUUAUUAUCCUCCCACCAAGAACCCAGUGAAGUUAGGUUAGGCUGAGAUAGACUGAGUGGCCCAAGUUCACCCAGUGAACUUUCAGGGCAGAGUAUGGAUUUGAACUUGGGUGUCUUGGAUCCUGGUAUGCAAUGCCAGCUAGUCUGAUCACUGAUAGGUCUUAUUGCUGCAAAACAGGACCAAGAGGGAUUUCUGGUCUGAUACAUCCUGGGAGGAGAGUGAGGAAAUGCUGGGGGGAAAUCAGAAUUUUUAUUUAUAUGUUUAGCAUUGAGUGGAAGCAGAAAAUGGAGAAGGGAAUCAUGCCAAAGUACCUCCCUUAUUAACAGCAAAGUAUUAGUAAAGUGAUUGUUCUCAAAUGGCAAAAGGGUUUUUUUUUGGCCAUCCUGUUCUUUACAAUUUGGUCUGUCCAGAAAUACUGUAAAAAUCUCCAAAUCAGUAAUUGGUUAGUAGUUUGCAUUGCUUUUAAAAUAACUACUCCUCAUUUGUACUACUGCUUUAGUAGCAUUACUGAGUCUAACAUUGAACCAUUAUAAUGUGUACAUUUUACAACUGUUAGUAUAAACUUUGUCAAACAGCCUCUGUGUAUGUUUUGUUGAUACAAGCAAGCAGACAGCCAGGGUGGGGUGUAGUGGUUAAAGUGUCAGACAGGGAUCUCAGGGACCCAGGUUCAAAUCCAUACUUU